GUGGCAUCCCCCUGGGGGCUCUGCCUCUGGCACCCAGCAGUACUGCAGGUGCCAGCCAGAGAGGUGUCCUGUGCAGGUCAACACCCCUUCCCUGUUCCCCAGAGCUGUGCCACUGACUGUGCCCUGUCUUUGCAGGAGCCCGAGAUGAACAGCUCGGCGCCGGGGCCGCUGCCGACGGGACACGCCGGCGAGUGCCUGCCCAAUGACCCAGUGCAGUUCGUGCUGGUGCCCGUUGUCUACUGCCUGGUGCUGUGCGUGGGGCUGCCAGGCAACCUGGUGGCCUUGCUGGUCUUCCUGCAGAGCGGCAAGGUGAGGAAGGCCAUCCGCAUCUACCUCAUCAACCUCACGCUGGCCGACAUCCUCUUCAACCUCACGCUGCCCCUCUGGAUCCACUACUACCUGUCCGGGGGGGACUGGCUGCUGUCGGAGGCCGCCUGUCGCCUGGCGGGGGCCGCCUAUUACCUGGCGACCUACAGCGCCGUCACCUUCAUGGCUCUCAUCAGCUUCAACCGGUUCUGCGCGGUGCGGGCGGCGCGGCGGGCGCUGCUGCUCACGGGGCCCCGCGGUGCCGCGCUGGCCUGCGCCCUGGCCUGGCUGCUGGGGCUGGGCUGCGCCGUGCCCACCCUGGCUGCCCGCCAGACCUUCCCUGCCCGCGCCGGGGCCACCGCCUGCUUCGAGCAGCACGGGCGGCACCGCGCCUACGCCUACGCCAUGGUGGGCUUCUUCGCCGCCGCCUUCCUGGUGGUGCUGGGCACCUACACCUCCAUCGCCCGGGCGCUCUCGGCACCCGCCGCCGCCGCCUCGCCGGGCUCCCACCGGCAGCAGGCGCGUGCCAUGGUGCUGGGGAUGCUGCUGGUCUUCGUGGUCUGCGUGGCCCCCUACCACCUGACGCUGGCCCCCUGGGUGGGCAGCCGGCCCCCCGCGCCGCCCUGCGGGCCUCCCGACACCCUGGACGUGCUGCACGCGCUGAGCGUGGCCCUGCUCAGCCUCAACAGCUGCCUGGACCCCCUCGUCUACUGCUUCUCCAUCCGGCGCUUCCGCGCCGACCUGGGCCGGACCCUGCGCAAGAUCGGCCGGUGCCUCCCGCUGCCCCCGCCGGGCCCCCCCGGGCCUGUGCCUGGCACCCGCGGGUCCUCCUUCACCUCCUCGUAG